CUUGAACUUAAUUUAAACCCAAAAAGCAUUUGUUUCAGAGGACAACAUUCUGCCUAAAUGGAGAUCUGUUUUUCACUGACUUGACUGGCACAACACUAUUGUUGCUUUGUCUUCUGAAAAAUUGUUGCGAUGGAGGUCGCAAAGCCUGCUUUGAAAGUACUGAAAAAACGUCGCUCCAGUCUUUUUGCCACCAUAAAACGGGAGGUAAGUUUUUCAACAAGCCUCGAAGACCAAGAAUGCGAAUUCCCCUUUUCCCAGGACAGCUCUGUGAAGCCAUGGACAUCUAUGGACAACCUUGACGCUCCUGAUGAGAAAAUUAGACCAAAGAAAAAUCUCGAAAAAUCAGUACCAAACCUGAGGAGGUCAAACAUUGUCAACCUGAACAUAGGCGGAAAGGUUUUUCAUAUCCCGAAGCACUUGGUUCUCAAACACCCGAAAACCAGGAUUGGAGUUCUUGCCCUCUGCGAUGAUCCGGUCAAGCGCCUGACUCUCUGUGACGAUUACAACGUCCGCAACGACGAGUUCUUUUUUGACAGGGAUCCCAUGUUUUUCCACUACAUCUUCCACUUUUAUUGCAGUAAUGUCCUGUGGGUGAUGGACAGCCUCUGCCCGGUCAACUUUGAGCAAGAGAUGUCAUUCUGGGGCUUAAAACUGAAGGACACUCCAAGGUGCUGCCGCAUUCUGUUUGAGGAGAAAGUGGACGACAUCAGAGACCAACUGAAGGUGAACCAAGAGUUGAUUGACGAGAUCAAGCCUCACCAGGAUGACGAGGGAUACAAAGCCAUGUUUCUUGGAGGUCUUCGAAAGAUCCUCUGGGACUUGAUGGAGAAUCCUUACUCCUCACUGUCAGCCAAAGCCUUUGCUGUGUUUUCCAGUCUGUUUGUGCUCAUCUCUAUCGUUGCAAUGACAAUGAACACAGUAAACGAACUCAGGCAGUACAAACUUGCUGGAAAAACCUACAUGGAGUGGAUAGAGAUAUCCUCCAUCCUCUUCUUCACCUUGGAGUACUUUUUGCGGUUACUCACAACGUCCAACAUCAAACAUUUUGUGAAGAGCGCCCUCAACUUUGUUGACGUGGUGGCCGUGAUGCCCUACUUCCUCCAGAUCAUUUUUGAGACCUUUGUCAUGGAUUCAGAAGACGUCAGUGCAAAGGAAGAUUUGAAGGCCAUGGCAAGAGUCAGUAAAAUCAGCAAGGUGCUGAAAGUUGUCAAGUUAAUGCGCAUCUUCCGUAUCUUGAAGCUGGCUCGUCACUCCACAGGCAUGAGGGCGUUUGGUUUCACCAUUCGACAGUGCUCUGAGCAGGUCUGCUGUUUGUUUCUGUUCAUUGCCAUGGGCAUCUUCACCUUCUCUGCUCUCAUGCACUCUGUGGAGAUAGAUCAGCCCGGGACCCCAUUCAGCAGCAUUCCAGAUGCCUGGUGGUGGGCUGCGGUGAGCAUCUCCACUGUGGGCUACGGAGACGUCGUCCCUAUCUCCUAUCUUGGCCGCUGUGUGGCGUUUUGCUGCAUCUCUUUCGGCAUCAUCCUCAAUGGGAUGCCCAUCUCCAUCCUAUUCAACAAGUUUUCUGACUAUUAUGCAAAACUGAAGGAACAGGAAUACACGUGCACCAACACUGAGCGCACCUUCCAGCUCCGGAAACGCCUGAGGCGCAAGUUUGACAGUUGCUUUGAACCCAGGAUAGAGGAGUCUGAUGACGAGACGCACUACCGGCCCCACGGCAGGCAAACGGUCCACGAGAACGAAGAUCUGGCCGGCCACUAGUUGCAACCUUGCUCACACUAAAUGGCCUUAUCAUCCAAGGGUCUGGAUUUUGUGGGACCCAAUCUGCCUCCAAGUCUUAAGCCUUUGGGACUUAGGAUAGACAAUGUAAGGGAGGGUAACGGAGGCGGCAGCAAGUUGAGUAAAGCUUUAAGCUUCAGCUGCACAGUAGACGCUGUUUGCACGCUAUUGGUAAUGAGUCCUAUGUGAAAUGGACGUGAGGCUGCCAUUAGACAACCUCCUGUCCGUUUCCAAGAAUAGCUCUCGGCCGCAUCAAAUCCGGCUAUACUGAAAUAUAUUUUUGACACAAGGAGGUCAAGUAGUAACAUUUUUAGUGAGCCAAAGUCACUAGAACAU